CAUGCUGCGCACGCGAUUGUUGAGAUGCAUGAGCCACACAUGAACGAAAGGAAGAGAGAAACAAUAAAUGCAAAGUGCACUUUUUUACACAGGGGCUUUACACAGGUUGACCAGCCUCACGAGCCUAAUUUCCGACUGGAGUAGCCUAGUCUACUAUCAACCUUCAAGGUUUAGAACGGUGACUCAACCAACCGCAAGUUUCACUCUCAGCCCACAACAUUGGCGGAAGAGCCGCAUAUCCAUCUACUCCUCCAGACUGCUGCACAGGCUGAGUGCUUCUGAUUGGGUCUGGCCUAUCGAGGGAUGUCAGGGAGGUGUGCUGCUUUGGCCAUCUGCUCCAGAGGCAUUUACAGUUGCUACUGGAAGCACUCCAGUGAAAGGAAGCGAAGAUGUGCCUGCUGUUGGUUCUCUUUUGUUGGCCUGGCUACCCUGCUCACCUUGGCCUGGCUGUUCAUUUGGAUGGCCCUAUACAACUCCCGUGAUGACAUGAACACGAAGACAUUUGAGAAAAUGAAGGAGUGGAUAAACUGGUUUAUGGUGAUAGUCAUCAUAUCUGCUGUGCUUGCCAUUUAUUGUCUCCUUCUGCUGUUAUUUGCACUUUUCCAAUAUGCCUUAAAUGAACCCUUGGACUUGCACUGUGUGCAUAAGGUGUUUCUGUCUGUAGGUCUUCUAAUAGUCUUGGCUGGGGUCGUGGCGAUCAGCCGGGAGUGGAAAAAUGAGUGGCCCACUGUCCCAGUGUUUCUUCAGGCCACGGCCCCCUUUCUCCAGCUGGGCGCUGUGCUGGCGUUGACCCUGCUCAGCGGGCUGGUGUUCAAGACUUACUACAGAGCUCGGAGGAGUGCAUCCAGGGUCUUCAUCAUGCUGGCCUGGGCAGUCGUCUCCCUUGUGGUGUUCCUCUGCCCUCUCCUCAUCCAUGACUUCUCACCCUGUGUGCUGGAGGAGCUUCCCCCUAAACCGGCUUUGGUUGGACACCGGGGUGCACCAAUGUUGGCCCCUGAGAACACCAUGAUGUCGUUCAGACGGAGUCUGGAGUGCAACGUGACUGCAUUUGAGACAGACGUGUUGCUCAGCAAAGAUGGUCAUCCCUUCCUGAUGCAUGACAACGCCUCACUUAGGAGGACAACCGAUGUAGAAAAGAUAUUUCCACAACGCAAGGACAACAGCUCAAAUAGCUUUACCCGGAAUGAGAUACGACGUUUGAAUGCAGGACAAGGUUUCUUGGAUUUGCAGACGGAUCCACUGCAAAGGACUCCUUCUCUGUCUGACACAGAGUGGUCAAAUGUCAGAAAUCAGAGUGUGCCAUUUCUUCAAGACCUUCUAGACUUGGCCAAAGAACACAAUGUCUCAAUCAUCUUUGACCUCAAAAAUGAAAGACUGAACAAUAGUGAUGCAAACUACACAGUGCAGACCAUCCUGGCAUCAGGCAUUGCGCAAAACCUGAUCUGGUGGCUUCCACGUGUACACAGAGCAGAUGUUAAGAAAAUGGCUCCUGGCUUCCGCCAGGUCUACGGCAGUCUACCUGCCUUGAGAAAUGACAACGGAAGUCAUCUGAAUGUGAAAUACAACAAACUAAGUACAAAAGAAAUGAGAGAGCUGCGGAACAAGAAUGUGUCAGUGAACCUGUGGGUGGUGAAUCAGCGGUGGCUGUUCUCCCUCGUGUGGUGUUCCGGAGCCAGCUCUGUGACCACCAACGCCUGCCACAUUUUUAAAGACAUGGCCCAGCCAGACUGGACGCUAGAGCCAAAGCUAUAUAUGAUGAUCUGGAUUUCUGCUGACCUGGUGUCGUUGCUUAUGAUGUUUGGGUUGUUUCUCCUUCAAAGGCAAAAGAGGGCCAAAAAGAGAGCAAGGCGACAGAUUUUCGGCGUGGAACCAGAGAGAACUAUCCCCCUUCUUACCAUCUGAGUAAUUAAAGCAUUAAUACCUUCCUGUAGUUUCACCAGCCUUGUGCCCACUGCUCUCCGUCAUGCUCCUGAGGGAGGGAGUGGGUGCUUGAGAUGUUAGCAACACUGUGACCCCAGGGGACCUCCAAAAGUGUGUGUGUGUGUGUGUGUGUGUGCACGUGUUGUAUGUGUGUGUGUGUGUGCAUGUGUGUGGCUCACAUGAAAAUAUUUACUUUUUAAAUGAAAAGGAACAAUUACUGUGUUGUAAGAAUAUUCAUGGAAAUAAUAUUCAUGAACUCUUUCACUGCACUGUUUAUAAAUAUCAAAUACAGGGUAUCACAGUGAUACUUUUGAUAUGCAUUGGAUGUAUUUAGUAUUAGCAUGGGUUACAGUGAAACGGACAAAAAUAGGUCUGUUGUCAAAUACCAUAGUUAAUUGAGAGACCAGCGACAGUGAUUGAAACAAUAGGAUGUUAAUAUGUUGGUUUUUAAUUAUGUCAUAAUUAUAUGAACUAAGUCUUUAAAGUGGGAUAUGAAUCAAUAUACCUUUUAAACUGUAGAAUUUUGGUGUAUGAUGUAAGAUGUGUUGGAUUUGGGUGCAGUAUUCUGCUUUUUUAAUACAAUUUUAAAAUACAUUUUAA